GCUAGUUAUUUUAUUGUUCAACGCAAAACAUACAUGUAUGUUAUUAAAUUUCAGAAUUCGCCAAUGAACUGAAAUGUCGAACGUAUCUAGAAUAGCAGUUUUUGUGGAAAUUAACCUGGACCAGUUUUAGUCCGUUAAAAAUAGCCUUUGAGUAUUGAAUUUAUUUCUCAUACAAGUUGGUGUCAAAGCAAGAUCAGUUAUUUAUUUCAAAUUAAUUUCUUUGCACAUAUUCACCACAGACUAAUUGGAGAUAUUAUUUGAUUAUUUGUAAAAAAGAAUCAUAUAUAUUGCGACGCUGUGUGGGCAUUCACAAUGAAUGCUUAAAUGUCAGUUGUACUAAAAGAGUUUUCAAAAAGUGCUCUCAUCUCACCAACACAAAAGCAUUUCGUAACUGUCAAUGAUUGACAGGCACAAGCGAGUAGUUCAAGAAGAGAAAAAAUCCAAUAAUUUCUACACAUUUGUUAAGUUUCUGCCGUUUCGUUCGUGUCUCGUAGGUUUUGUCAAUUGGAAAUUUUUUGAAAACCAUAAACAUACGGGAAACAAUUCGGUUUGUGAAGUUUGACUAAUUUAUUAUUUAGUGUGAAAACAUAAGUUCGUACAGUAUCCUCAUACCGAACCGAUUGUAUAAAAAGUCGCGAACGUAAGCCAAGCGAAGAAAAUUGAACGCGUAUCCGUGGAAAAGCUAGUGCUUGGGUGGAUAUUUUCUCGAUUUUCCACAGUUGUGUCAUAUAUACCCAUACAUAUUUUUUUUUCCAAAAAAAGUGACUUGUCUGCAGUGAAGUUUAAGCACACGGUAUGUUUACAGAGGAAUGUGUUAAAAAUAAAUUAAAAACUGUAUAUAAAUAUAGAGUGAACGAACUAUCUGCUCUGUUCUCGUUUGUUUAUAAAACGUAAGAAAAUCGUAAAAAAUUACACAAGCAAACCUAAACCAAAGGGGGUGUAUGUGUAGAUUAUUGCUGCAGUUGUAAAUAACGCGAGAGGUGGGCUGAAAGUAAAAAAUCGAUCUCACGCAUAACAAGUCUUCUGGCUGCGUCAUCGAAAUCGAAAUAUAUUUCAUGUGUGUGAUUUGACUACAAAUACAUAUGUACUAUAUAUAAACUUAUAUAUUUAUAUAUUUCAACUUGAAGUUUAUUGGAAUUUAUUGUGGUUUAAUAAAUACACAUAUAUGUAGAUCUGUAUAUAUGUACGUAUAUUUCGCAAAAACUUUUUAAACAUUCCUUUUGACAACUAUAUAAAUCACAAAGAAACUUAAAAUAUAUAAUUUUGGAAAAUGUUCAGUCCUGAUUAUGAGAAACGUAUACUAAAACAUUGCAGUCCGGUCGCUCGAAAUCUUUUCAACUCCUUUGAAGCAGCCUCCACAUCAACAUCGCUCGACAGAUUCAUACCAUGCAGGGCCAACAACAAUUGGCAAACAAAUUUCGCAUCCAUAAAUAAAUCGAAUGAGAACUCGCCGCAGACGAGUAAAAAGCAACGCGACUGCGGUGAAUCUGCACGUGAUAGCUUAGCAUAUUCCUGUCUAUUAAAGAAUGAACUUCUUGGCACCGCCAUCGAGGACGUUAAGGCGGUUAGUGAUGAGCGUAAUGAGAACACCUAUACGCCAGCAGCGAAACGAAGUCUCUUCAAGUACCAAUCACCGACAAAGCAGGAUUUCAAUGAGCAGUGUCCAUAUUCGCUCUCACCAGUCAGCACGAAGAGUCAGAAGCUGUUGCGAUCACCACGAAAAGCAACCAGAAAAAUAUCGCGUAUACCCUUUAAGGUGUUAGAUGCGCCAGAGCUGCAAGAUGAUUUCUAUUUAAAUUUGGUCGAUUGGUCGUCUCAAAAUGUGCUCGCUGUCGGACUGGGCAGCUGUGUUUAUCUAUGGAGCGCAUGUACUAGUCAAGUAACACGCCUAUGCGACCUUAACACCGAUUCGAACACCGUGACAUCGGUGUCAUGGAAUGAGCGUGGCAAUUUGGUGGCGGUGGGUACACAUCACGGCUUCGUCACCGUUUGGGAUGUGGCUGCUAGUAAACAGAUCAAUAAAUUGACUGGUCAUUCUGCACGAGUGGGCGCUUUAGCGUGGAAUGGUGAAAUUUUGUCCAGUGGUUCGCGUGAUCGUUUGAUAAUUCAGCGGGACACACGCACACCAGCACAACAAUCGGAACGUCGUUUGGCAGGCCAUCGACAAGAGGUUUGUGGUCUCAAAUGGUCACCGGACAAUCAAUAUCUGGCAAGUGGCGGCAAUGACAACCGUCUCUAUGUAUGGAAUCAACAUUCGCUAAAUCCCGUGCAAUCGUAUACAGAACAUACGGCAGCGGUAAAAGCGAUUGCCUGGUCACCACAUCAUCAUGGUCUAUUGGCUAGUGGCGGCGGCACUGCCGAUCGUUGCAUUCGGUUUUGGAACACUUUAACAGGCCAGCCAAUGCAGUGCGUCGACACUGGUUCACAAGUGUGCAAUUUGGCAUGGUCGAAACACUCAUCUGAGCUGGUAUCAACGCAUGGUUACUCCCAAAAUCAAAUAUUGGUUUGGAAAUAUCCAUCACUAACACAAGUGGCCAAACUAACGGGUCACUCAUAUCGCGUACUAUAUUUGGCACUUAGCCCGGAUGGAGAAGCAAUCGUGACGGGAGCUGGUGAUGAGACGCUACGCUUUUGGAAUGUCUUUAGUAAAGCGCGCAGUCAAAAGGAGAAUAAAUCUGUACUGAACUUAUUUACCAAUAUAAGAUAAAUUUCUGCUGGCGAGUAGGGAAAUAAAUUGGAGUUGAAAUCUUUGCUUGUUUAUUGAGCACAUUUAUAGCUAGCUAAUACUAAAAAGCCAUUAACACUAAAAUCUACAAUUAAAAUUUAGAAAAUGCGCAGUUAAAAUUGAAAAUUUACCAAAUUAACGUAAAAAUUAUAAAUUAUAUUUAUGAGAAUAGCUGCGAGCUUAGAGGAAGCGCAAAUGUUUCUCUAAUGAAGCAAAUUUUCCUUUCGACUACAUAUAAAAUUUAUUUAUAUAAAGAAUUAUCUCAAAUUAUAUAAAAGAAUUAAGUUUGUUUUAUAUAUAAUAACAGUGUGUCAAAAUUAUUUAUAAAGCAAACUUUUUUGUUGGUAUUUUUUAUGUGCCAGCCACGUGCUUGCUUAUUAUGCAUGUUUGAAAGCACUAUAAAAAUCAUUUACAUGUUAAAAGUACUUAAAAAGUAUCAAAAUUUGCUUCAUUAUUAGAAAUAAGCGCAUAAUAAGUAAUUCGCUACUUGAAAUAAAAGUGCACUGUGCAAAAGUCAACAGUACACCAUAUUGUUUAUCGGUUCUUCUGCUAUGAAUGAGCACGAUUAUGGUUUAAGAGAGAUGUAUUAAACAUUUAACGAUUUUCACAACAAGCAAUGCUGUUUAAAGAAGAAAUCAGUUCCUAAGCAAAGCAAUAUGGCAAAUGACUGCACAGUGAACAUUUUAUUGGAAUCUUAAAUUGAUUACUAAUAGUAGUAAUAAAAUGUUUAAAAGUAAAAAAUAAAUUGUAAUUUGACUUAGUAUUAUAAAAUUCACACUGAAAGAACGUGCAAUGUUAAAACAGAUUAUCUCCGUUUUUGAAGAUAAUUAUAAACUCAAAGAAAAUUUACUUUAAACACAAUAUACAUAUAUAUAUUUUUUUGUAUGAGGCUUGAGGUAUUUUUGACAAAACAAUGCAGUUUUUAAAUUGGAAUUGUAUUAUAUGCAACAUUUUAAAUAUUGCAAGAGUUAAAUUUACAGUCCUGUUUAUUAUUAUAUUAUUUUGAAUUACAUUUAUUGGCUUAUAACAAAUACAUAUAUAUUAUAGAGUUUGUAUAAUAUUUAACUAAAAUGUCCUAUUGAGGCACAUGAGAAAAUCAUUAAUGCUAGCUUUUUGCCAAUUACUAUAAAUAAGUAAUUAAUUGUAAAUUGUAAUUAAGAAUUUGAAAACUUCUAAUACAAACGGAGUUGUUAUAACCUCUUUUACCAAAUGAAUUACUACAAAAUAGUGUGUUUUUCAUUUGUUAAAAGAGUUUGUUGUUAGACACUCCUGUGAAAACUUGCGUGUAGGCAUGCAAACGCACUGAUAACAUAGAAAUACAAUAACUAUUAUAACGAGUAUAUUUAGACAACUUAUUUAUAAAAUUCCAUUGAGAAGUGUGUACGCUUGUAAAUAAAGUAAGAAUUGAUAUUUCAAGUUUCUUUAAAACUAUUAGUCCAAAAAUUAAAUGAUAUUGUAAAAUUGAAAUAAUAUCUCUACCAUAAGAAAACAAACUAAUAGCAAAGAGAAAGAGAAGAUAUAGGAAAAGUGUGUAUUUCACAAAUAUUUCAUUUCAAAUGACUUCCUAAGACCAACAAUAAGCUCUCAUAUUUUGCAUCACUUCUAUAUAUUGCUUAUUAUGCAAUUUACUACAAAAUGUAUGUGACUAAUAUAAUUGCUUAAUUUUGUUGAUUUUUACUUUUACGGUAUUCUUUAAUUUGUUUAAAUUUCUUAAAGAAAAAUAUUCACAUCUUUUCAUGUUCACAUUAUAUUUCACUAUAUUUUGUUAGUAAUUGUUUUUAUUUUAUAAUUUUUAUAUCAAUUUAGCAUUGCUGUCUUGUAAGAGGCGAAGUUAGCAAUACAUUUUAAUUAUAUUUAGCUAAUUCUACAAUCUAUUUCAUAUGACCACUUCAAAUUGUAAAUUAAUUCAUAAUCUCGUAAAUAUGUUAAAAGCUAAUGAUGCCUCUUCACCGCACAUACAUAAUAUUACUAUUAAAUAGCUUAUUUUUUCUCAAUAUAUAUAAACGUAUUUAAAUAUAUUUUGUAUAUAUACAGGUCAUACCUGAAUUAUAGUCACUAUAUACUAUAUUAACGAGUUUGUAUGUACAUUAAUUGAAUAAUUGAGCUGGAUUUAUAAUUGUAUUGUAAUAAUGCUAAUAUUUAAUUGAAUGAAAAAUAAAUUUAAAAUAAAAUAAAUUAUAGUACUUUGUAUUUAAUAAAAACACAUUAUAUUAAGUAUUGAAGUAAAUUAAUUCUAAAGGUUUCACCCACGCAUCUAAUAACUGAAAGAGUACUCUAGACUUCAAAAAUGAAUAAAAACGCUGACAUCGACAUGCGAGAUUUCCUACUGGGGCAAAGUUUAGAUAUGUUGUACGUAGAUAACUUAGACCAAAUGUGUUGAAAACCUCGAGUGUGUUGAAUUUGGAUUCGUUUUCCUCUACAAUUUAAUAUCUUGGUCUUGAUUGAGUACAGCAACAUAUUUAAAUAAGUUCAUUAACUAUUUGCUGGAUAUUUUUUCUACCUGACAUGUAUUUUGAUGUAUUUUUUCAUGUACUGCGGCAACACUUGCUUUAGCUAACUUUGACAGUCGCUCCAUGCGAUCUCAGCUGUUGUUUCAGAUUACUUAUCAAUACAGGUACAUUUUUGUUAGUAGUCUGUAGAAAUAUGAGUUGGUGUGAAAUAAGUAAUAUAUUUCCUUAAUUAUAUUUAAUUAUAAUUUUUAAUUAUGUAGCGAUUUAAAUUCUAAUAAAUAUUCAGUGGUAAUUUGUGUACUGAUACAAACAGGCUGUCAGUUUCUAUUGUGGCGGUGUCUUGACCUAUCGAAAUCGCGGCGUAUUUUGGCAGUGUAAUAUGAAGUUGUUGACGAUAAUCACACUGUUCGUGCCCCUCAUUAGUGCCGAUAUAUUCCCGUUAUCCAUAAUUCACAUCAAUGACUUUCACGCAAGAUUCGAGCCUACAGACACAUCAGGCGGUACUUGUGAUGCGGGCAAUGAAUGCAUCGGGGGCUUAGCGCGAACUGUCUACACUGUAAAGCGAUUAUUGGAAGAACAAAAGGACCAAAAUCCGGUUUACUUCAAUGCAGGCGACAGUUUUCAGGGCACACUGUGGUACAAUAUCGGACGAUGGAACGUGACAAGCCAAUUUCUGAAUAUGCUGCCCGCAGAUGCUAUGACACUCGGCAAUCAUGAGUUCGAUCAUGGCAUUGAGGGCGUUGUGCCAUUUCUGGAGAGCAUCAAUUCACCUAUGUUGGUAGCAAAUAUGGACGCAAGAGAUGAACCGGAUAUGCAGGGCAAAUACCAAAAAUCGAUAAUAAUCGAACGUAGUAACAGGAAAAUCGGUGUCAUCGGUGUUAUUCUCGAAACCACCUAUGACUUAGCCAAUACUGGUAAUUUGAUCUUCCAAAAUGAAAGCGCUGCUAUACGUGAGGAAGCGCAAAAGCUGAAAGCACAGGGUGCUAAUAUAAUUAUUGCCAUUACGCAUUGCGGCUAUAAUGUCGAUAAAUUAAUUGCACAGCAUGCCGCUGAUGAUGUCGAUGUUAUAGUUGGCUCCCACUCGCAUACUUUCCUAUAUACGGGCGAUAAAUUACCCGGUCCAGACACUCCAUAUGGUCCGUAUCCCACCGAAGUUGUGCACGAAAAUGGUCAUCGCAUUCUGAUCGUUCAAGCUGCUGCUUAUGCCAAAUAUGUUGGUAAUAUAACAGUAUACUUUGAUGAUGAAGGCAACGUGGUCGAUUACUCGGGUGCACCGAUUUACAUGGGAUCCAGUGUACCACAGGACUCCGACAUUAUUGAAGCUAUGCAGCCAUGGAAAGAGAUCAUUGAUGCACAGGGUUCAGUGGUUGUUGGUGAGUCAAUAGUCGAAUUGGCAAUGUCAACAUGCAGCGAUUCCGAGUGCAAUUUGGGAAAUUAUUUCUGUGAUGCAAUGGUACAUGCUUUUGCUGGUUUAACACCGUAUUCUGAAAUGCCAUGGUCGAAUGUUUCUAUUGGUCUAAUAAACACAGGUGGUCUACGAGUGCCGCUAAGAAAAGGAACUCUCACAUAUGCGCAUUUGGUGACAAUGUCUCCAUUCGAAAAUGUACUUACCGCCUUCAAUUUACCAGGGCAUAAGCUCUUAGAAGCAUUAGAAUUUAGCGUACAACCGAUAGACAUAAAUAGUAAUACCACUAAUUCCCCAAUUUAUAUGCAAGUAGCUGGUUUAAAGAUCACGUAUAAUUACAAUAAUCCAGUUGGUGAGCGAGUCGUCAAUCUCAAGGUACGCUGUGCAAAUUGUGCCAUUCCACUUUAUGAGGAUUUCGAUUCGAGGAAAAUUUAUCGUAUCGUGGCACCUGAUUUUUUAGCUGAAGGAGGAGGUGGUUUCACCAUGUUCAGGGAUUAUGGAUCGGACUGGCAGAAGGAAAUGACAGAUAUUGAUGCGCUCCUAUCGUUCACCCGUAAUACCAGUCCCAUAUACAUAGGAAGAGAGAAACGUAUAUCUGUAUUGGGAUAACAAACAUUUCUUUAUAGAAUGCCAUUUUAACAUAGAUUUGGAUAUAAUAACUAGAAAACUGUAUUUGUUAUUUUUAAUAAAUUCAGCGAUUCUAAUUAUAUGAGUUUAAUAUUCGCAAAACAAUUUGGCAACAAAACUGAAACGAAAUGAGUUCGGAACUUUUUUGAAAAAAUAUUUCCUGAAAUUUUUGAAACUUGUUAAAAGUUCGCUGGUUACGGUUUUUAGUAUUAUAAUUUUUUUUUUUAACAAAUAAAAGGGUUGCUAAACUUUCUAAACUCUAAAUAUACCCUUUCUCAUUAAAUUUCUUAUAAUGCUACCAGCUAAAAGUUCAUUGACGAAAUUUUAAUUUUAUAAAAUUAAUUGUUUUGUUAGAUCAUUAUUAAAUUAGUACUUUUAUCUGUGCAAUUGAUGUAUUCAGACCCAGAAACUUUGGCUGCAAUUAUACCCGUUAAAGAAGAGGUGGAUAAGGUGGGGGCAAUUAUUCAGGGUGAGACUAAAGUGGAGUUGAGAAAGUCAACAUGUAGCAGUGAUGAGUGCAAUUUGGGAAACUUCUUUUGUGAUGCUAUGAUACACGCAUUCACUGGCUUAACACCGUACUCGGAAGGAUUGUGGUCUAACGUAUCAAUUGGAAUUGUAAAUACGGGUGCGCUGCGUGUACCCCUGAACAAAGGAAAUAUUACUUAUUCUCACAUAGUGACGAUGUCACCGUUUGAAAACAAACUCACUGCAUUCAACAUACCUGGUCAUAAACUAUUAGAAGCAUUGGAAUACAGUGUUAGCCCCAUUGAUUUGGAUAACGGAGUUAGCAGCUCCUACAGGUUUAUUCAAGUAUCUGGUCUUAAGAUAACCUACAAUUAUUCAAACCCAGUCGGAAAAAGAGUGGUCGAUAUUAAAGUUCGUUGUUCCGAGUGUGACAUACCUGUUUACGAGGAUUUCGAUUCAACGAAAAUUUAUCGUGUGGUCGCACCAGAUUUUCUAGCCGAAGGAGGGGAUGGUUUCGCAAUGCUAAGAGAUUAUGGUUACGAUUUUCAGAAAGAUAUGUCCGAUUUGGAUGCGCUGCUUUCAUACACAACUCAAGUAACUCCAAUUUAUGUCGGAAAGGAAAGGCGCAUUACUGUAUUACGGAAUUAAUGUAUUUACCAAUAAUAUCAUAUAUAAAAUGCCAAAGCCUUACUGUUGAUGGAAAAAAUUUGAUUUUGAAUAUGAUAUAGUAACAAACAUACAAUAUAAAUAUAAUAUUAAUAAUUAAAAUAUAUUUUGUUAAUUUGUGCUGUACUUUUAAUCAUAACCAAUACUAAUAAAUGUUAUAGUAUGCAUAAAAUUAUACACCCAAACAAUACUUAAAAUAAAUUUAAACUUCUUAACUUAAUAAAACUAAAAGUACCUUUUCUUUAAGCAAUUCAAAAAAUAUAUUCCAAAAAAAACUAUAUAUGUACAGCCGAAGUGCUUGUAUUCGCGGUAUAAUUAUCUUUAAAUAAUUAAAUGAAGUUUUUAUUUUAAUUUAAUAAUAAACACUUUACAAUUCAACUUUAGAAAAUAAUUUAAAAUUUUUUUUAGAUGAGGAAGUUUUAAAGCUGAGACAAAUAUGGGCUACUAAUAUCACUACUGAGGGCAAUGUUGUUGUUGGGACUUCCAGAGUAACAUUGCUAAAUAAUAACUGUGCUCACACUGAGUGCAAUCUCGGAAAUUUAUACACUGACGCUAUUUUGCAUGCGUUUUUACGCUUAGAACCCUACAAUACAAAUAUAUGGGCCAAUGCCUCAAUAGCCAUAACAACUAGUGCUGAAAUGCGAGCUCCCAUUGCGCGUGGCAACGUUACUUACAAAGAAGCUUUUGCGCUUUGUUCGUACGAAGGUGAUCUUAUUACCUUUGAUUUGGCUGGUAAAUAUUUGCUGGAAGCUUUAGAAUACAGUGUGUCAUCAAUUGAUCUAGAAAAUAAUGUCAACGAGACUCAUAAGUUUUUACAUAGUUCAGGCAUUAGAGUGACGUACAAUCUUCGGGCUGCUAAAGGAAAUAGAGUAGUGAGUGCAGAAGUGCGAUGUACUGACUGCGCUAUUCCCUUUUAUGAACCAUUAUCUCCAAAUAAGACUUAUCAUAUUGUUGCUGCCAAAUAUGUGGCCGACGGAGGUUAUGGAUACUCAAUGUUUACAAAUUAUGGAUCACCGCGCAACACACUUCCGGUGAAUGAGCUGACAGCUUUGAUCGAUUAUUUCAAAGUUGAAAUACCGAUAACUAUUGGAUUGCAGCGACGAAUUAAAUUAAUAUAAAUAAACAAAAAAAUAUAAGCGAAACCAAUACCAGAAAACGCAAAGUUCGAUGGCAUGACGAUGUGCAACGUGUGUUUUUUUCGAUUUUGUUGUAAAAAUUAUUUUUUCGAUAAAUUAAAAAAAAUAUAAUUAUUGAAAAAAUCGACUAAACUAUACAUUUAACAAAUUGAAUUAAAAUUAAAAAAUUGAAGUUUGCUAUGGCGGUGUUUACUUAAUAUUAAUAUGUUUUGUUUACGAACUAAUGAAGAUGUUAAACUUUUCACUCAAAUGGAGAUUUUUUAAUUUAUAAUAAUAACAGCCGGUAGCAUUGAUAUAGAAAAACGAGAAAUAAAAAUAUGCAAUAAAUGUCAAAGUUGAAAUAAUGAAAAUAAUCGGAAUCGACCCAAGAUAAGAUCGUAUACGAUAUUAUUCCAACGUGAUGUCGAAAAAGUCAACAAAGUGAAAUGAGAAUUUGCGAAGUUUUUUGUAUCGGUAUCAGACUAAUAUGAGCUCUUUGGCAACAAAUAAAUAGUGAUUCGUUGUAUAAUAUGAAAAAUAUCAAAUGUGAUUAGAUUAAAAAGAUAUUGAAAUAUCGGUGAAGGUCCAAAAUAGAGUUAUAAUGCAAAUUAAUCGAUACCACCGACAAAGAAAACGAAUUAUGUUAUAAAUCACUUAAAAUGGCAGAUUAAGGGGGCAUCGCAGCUUUAAUAGUGUCUUGUUAAUUUUCAAUUUAUAUUCAAUCGCUACGUUAGAAAUCCCAAAAUCAUGAGGGUUGUUGCAAUGGUCAGUGGUGGCAAAGACAGUUGCUACAAUAUGAUGCAGUGCGUCGCAGAGGGUCAUGAGAUUGUGGCACUAGCAAACCUGCAUCCAAAAGAUCGUGAUGAAUUAGAUAGCUUUAUGUACCAGACCGUCGGACACAUGGGCAUCGAAAGUUUGGCGAAAGCAAUGGGUCUACCACUUUAUAGACGUGAAACUAAAGGCAAAAGUACACAAACUGGAAAACAUUAUGUGCCUACAGAUGAUGAUGAAGUGGAAGAUUUGUACAGUCUUUUGGAGUUAUGCAAGAAUGAAUUGCAAAUUGAAGCAGUUGCUGUUGGAGCCAUUCUCUCUGACUACCAAAGGGUAAGAGUCGAAAAUGUUUGUAGUCGCCUAAACUUGGUAUCACUGGCGUAUUUAUGGAGGAGAGACCAGACUGAAUUGCUGCAGGAAAUGAUUGAUUGCCAAGUACAUGCCAUUAUAAUAAAGGUAGCUGCAUUGGGUUUAGUUCCUGAUCGGCAUUUGGGUAAAUCGUUGCGUGAAAUACAACCUCACCUGCUGAAAAUGCGUGAUAAGUAUGGUUUAAAUGUUUGUGGAGAGGGUGGUGAAUACGAAACAUUUACUUUAGACUGUCCGUUGUUUAAACAACGAAUUGUAGUUGAAGAUGUUCAAACGAUAAUUAGUUCCGCGGAUCCUGUAUGUCCGGUCGGGUAUAUAAACUUCACCAAAUUGUCGAUGCAAUCGAAAGAACCGACUCAAUGCUGUGAUGUUUUUGUAAAAAAGUCUCUGGACUAUAUAAGUGACCUAAACGAAUCAACGUACAGUGACCUCAGUGACCCAGAUCUCAGUGAAACUGAGCUAGAAUUGAUAGAGAAAGAAACCCGUUUACGUGAAUCCUUGAGUCAAAAUGAAUUGAUGAUAUCGCGUAGCAAUUCAUUUGGACGCCACUUGACUACUUCUUCAUCGCCCAUACCGAUUGUGACGAAGAGCGCUAGUGUCGAUGAACCACCGACACCGUCUUCAUUGUUUUCCUCAUCAGCAGCGCUGUGCGCUGCCUCACUACAAACCGCUGUCAACAACUUUGGUGUAGCGCAUCCAUUGGGCAGCAGUACGGCAGCAGUAUGUGGUUCGUUAUCAAUGGGUAUAUCAUCUACCGGUGCCACUGCCGGCAUAUCGACAGCACUGGCAACACAGCCACCCAGUCCAAUGAAAAUCGAGCGUGAAUUCCGUCCACUAAAAAAUCAGCCAAUGGCAGCAUUUAAUCAAAAAGGCUGGUUAUGGGUGGCGGGUAUACAAGGCUGCGCUGAAACCUUAGAAGAAGGAAUGCAUCUGGCUAUGCAAUCCUUGGUCGACUUAGCUGUCCAGCACAAUUAUGAAUUAACCGAUUACUGUUAUAUUACACUUUAUAUACGUUCAAUGACUGAAUAUCCUUUAUUGAAUCGUAUUUAUGGCCAAACAAUAAAUUUCCAAAAUCCACCCACACGAGUAUGCGUUGAAUGCCCUCUACCGGAGGAUUGCCACGUGAUAUUGGAAGCGAUUGCAUUUCGAGCGCCCAUGCGACGUCGUCCCACGUUAUCGACAAGUGAAGUAGAUGGUCAUAUUGAUGAGCACAAUAAUAGUGGUGAUGCAACGUUGAAGCAACGCCAAACCAUGCACGUUCAAGGAAUUUCCCACUGGGCGCCGGCAAAUAUUGGCACUUAUAGUCAAUCGACUAGGGUGGGCGAAAUAACAUAUAUAUCUGGUCAAAUUGCUCUCGUUCCUGGAAGUAUGACAAUUAUCGAGGGUGGUAUACGCCCACAAUGCAAGUUGGCUUUACGACAUAUUAGUCGAAUAGCAAAAGCGAUGAAUGCUCACGGUCAACUACGUGAUGUAGUCCAUGGUAUCUGUUUCCUGACCCAUCCAGCGUUUAUAGCCGAAGCGCGUCGUCAAUGGGAACGACGCACAACAAACGCUAUAAUGGAUUAUAUUGUUGUGCCUGCUCUGCCACGUGAGGCUUUGGUGGAAUGGCAAGUGUGGGCACAUACACAUAAUGAUCGCUUCGAAUACGAAGAAACUGGUUGCUCCGUAAGCGAUUAUACUAUCUCUAUAAGACGACGUUGGAACUAUGAAAAUAAUUGCGCUGCAAUUGUCUGUUAUGUAUCUACAGGUUUGGCCUCAUCCACCACACAGUUGACCCAAUUAAGUGAUGAUAUACUUAGCAACCAUUGCCGCCUAGCACAAAAUCUUAGUGCUGAAAACCUUGACGAAAUACUUACAUAUACUGUCAAUCGAUUGCUCAAAGAUUAUCCGAUCACUAAACGAAUAGCAGACUCAACGCAUGUCAGCACUGGCCACACAAACGAAUCGGAUGUCGUUUGUGCGACGGAUGCAAAUUCACAUUCAACUUCUUCAAUAAAUAAAAAUAGCCAAAUCCAAAUUAAUACGAACGUCGUAGGUGGAAAGAAUUCAACUGCCUUUUAUAUACCGGCAAUUCACCUCAAAGUGUUCUAUCAGGUUACUGCUGCACCGUCCGUGGAAUUACUGCUUAAUGCACUAUAUGACUUUCGGCUCAAAUGCCAGGAAACCGCCAACAUUGUAUACACAGUUUUGCCCGCCUGUAGUUUACAUAAUUUUAGUACUUUUCUAUCAAUUUGCGGCGUUCGUCAUGAAUAAAUGCGAGUUACUCUUCAAGACUUAUUGUAAUUUGUAAUCUAUCUAUUUAUGUGUGUACACUUAAUUGACCGAAUUUGGUUAUGCCUUUUGCAUUGUAACAAACACAGACAAACUUAUUAAUUGUUAAUAUAGCAUAAAACAUGCCGCGAAUUUUUUUUGGUAAUUAUUGUUGUAGUGUAGUUCUUAGACAUAUAUAAUAUAUAAGUCCAACUUUUUCGGAUUUCUUUUUUUAGUUUAUAACAUGUGUAACUAAGAAAAAACAAUAAUUUCAGAAAUCUUUUAUUUAUACUUUUAAAUUAUUAUUUGUUGCCAGAAAUUGAUAAAAAUUGUUCGAUAAUAGGUUAAAAGUUUUGUUGUUUAAGUAUAUAAUGUAGUUCAUCGCACUAAAUGCUUAUCGUACUGUUAUGUUUGGUUUAUAGCUCAUUUUUGUCACUGCUCCCGUUCAAUUUUCAACGAUUUAGAAAUUUUAUAAAAAAAAUAUUAUAAUCGAUGUCGUAUUUCGAUAUAAAUAAUUAGUUAAAUUUAUUGUAAUUUCUUUUUAACUUUUUAAAACAUUUUGUUUUUGCCUCUUUUUGCUGCGAUUAAGUGAUUUUUAGCAUAUUUCUUAACGUAAUAUAUAAUAUUAAUAAAUAAUUAACAAAGAUAGAAUUAAUUAUAAAAACAAAAACGUCUAUACUUACUCAUUAAUUCUGCAUAUAUACAUACAUACAUACAAACUUAUAAAACUGGACCUAAAUACCAAAUAUUAAAAAGAGAUUCUAUAACUCGCAUGUUAAAAUGUAUGUCUUAUUAAAAUUAUAAACUAUUUACUAUUAACCUCAUACCGUUUUUAUUGUUAAGAGCAAGAUGUGCAAAAGCGUAAUUUCACGUCUUUGUGGAUUCGACGUGUUUACCUUAUUAUACAUAGCACACUUACAAACGGGAAACCGCAUAAAGUACACAAAUUUAAAUAAAAUGAAGUCAAUCAUUUAAUGAUAAAUCUAACCGUAAAGAAACUAAGAAUUGUUAUCCUUGUUUUUAGUAAUUUGAUAAGCACUAAGUUAAUAAGUGGCAAAACUAAAUAAAAUAUACAAAAGCAAAUUGCUGAAAGCGAUAAUAUAA